AUGCAAGCAACUUGUAGAGGUAUGCAAAAUUCAAUGCUUAUGUCGAUGGAUAAAAUGGCAGCUGAUCAGCCACCUGUGCCCGUUACACAGGAACCUGUAAAUGAGCCUUCAACACAAAAAGAAAUGGCAGCUGAACAGCCACCUGUACCAAAUACUCAGGAACCUGUAAAUGAACAUUCAACACCAAAAGAAAUGGUAUGAGAAGGGAAAAAAUACUUCCCACAUAAGAGAUCCCAAAGCUAGAUAAAGCACGA